CAGCUUCACGUCGACGACACUUCAUCUCCCAACUAUCACCAACCAACACGCCGACCGACGCCGUGUCUGCCAACAUUAUUUGCUGUCUUCCUUUGUUCAAAUAUUAUCUGUGCUGUCAUUCCACAGCAAGAUAAUUAACGGCUGAGUCGCUGCCAGUUCUUCAAAGUUCCACCACCAAAACCCACUUCGAUCUUCUAGUCGCGCCUAUUGCUUGGAAAUUUACAAACAUCCAGGCCGCCUCGACAGUCCGAGACGGUUUGGACGAGACCUCUCACGCCGGCAUGAUGAACAGUCGUCAUCUGCCGGCAGGGCAGGGGAUGCAUCAUGACAACAGACGCCGACAAUACAACCAGCACGGCCAGCACAACCAGCAUUAUCAACAACAUCAGCAGCCGCCACAGCAAAUGUAUAAUGCAUACUACAAUCAACCAUACUAUCCACAACAGCCUCCGCCGCCGCAGUACUACAACGCCGGGAUGCCUCCGAACCAGUACAACCCAUAUGUAGUAUAUCGAGGGUCGCCAUCCAUGCCGUACCAACAAUACCAGAUCCCACCUGUCAUGUCGACCCCCCCAUAUCCACACCCACUUCAACCGCCUGCGGUAGUCACAACACCAUACCAACCUCAUGUGCCUACAACACCUUCAUCUACGCGUUCCUCAUAUAUAGCUCCUGCGACAAUCCCAGCUCCAGCCGCGCCUCCGCCAGUGGCUGAAGUUAUCGCCCCUGCCCAACUACCUCCAACUUUUAUUCCGCAGCUCGGCGCACCUCUGACUCCUCCCGUCCAAGAAGCUCCUCAGUUCCCCACAGAAACAUCAGACGAAGAAUCAUCUGAGACUAGGAUCCCAUACUGGCCACAACUCCCGUGGCACUCUAGACCCGACUUGCCAUGGCCAGCCAGGUUAGCGAAACAAAAGAAACGAAAGACUGCGCCCAAGCAAUCAACGGUGGUUGAGCAAAAGGAUGUCCAACAAUCGGGCCAAAGUGACUCGACGGUUUCAAACACCGUUGACACUACUGAAGCUUCCGUGCCUCGCUCCGAGACUCCAUCCACAACACAAGCUCCCUCCGAACACGCUCCAUCGACAAAUCCCACGACGCCAUCUUCUUCCCAGGCAACUCUACAACCUGCGGUCAGCUCUGCAAAAUCUGCUCAUCGCCACGUGCCUCCUCCAAUCAUGCCAGCACUCCCAAGAGUUCAAGCCAAACAAUCACCAAUUUCUGCCGAAGCUAAGUCGGAUUCGCCCAAGGGGCCACCCCAAGAUAAAAAGCCAGAUUCAGAUGCAGUUGCCAAUGGACCAGACGUUCAAGCGCCGCAGGCUGAUGCUGAGGCUGCCACGGCUGAGCCAACUCCAGCACCAUCAGGGCCGAAAUCCUGGGCCAACCUUUUCAAGGGACCUACCCAAGCCACACGCCUUGAUACUGGCGUGUCAGGUUCUUCUACGACUGCUGCAGGCUUUGCGAAGUCGAACAACGAGUCAUUGGCUGACGCCCUCGUUUCUUUCAAUGCCAAUAUUCACAGCGGCAAAAUCUCAUUCCUCGAGCCGAGAGGCCUUGUUAAUACCGGCAAUAUGUGUUAUAUGAACUCUGUACUUCAAGUUUUAGUCUUCUGUGUGCCUUUUUACGAACUUCUUGAUCAAGUUGGCAAACGGGCGGCGCAUAGUUUUAAAAGCGAUACCCCAUUAAUCGACGCUAUGAUUAUGUUCAUGCGCGAAUUCCCUAUUAUCGAUUCAGCUGUGUCUGUGGAGAAACUUAGAAUGAGGUUGAAAGAUAAUGAGUUGGAAAAGUAUGGGGAUGCAUUUACACCAGAUUUUGUUUACGAGGUUAUCAGAACCUUACCAAGAUUUGCAUCAAUGAGGCGCGGGCAUCAGCAGGACACAGAGGAGUUUUUGGGGUUUUUGCUUGAAGGUCUUCACGAUGAAUGCGUACAGGUUAUGCAGUCUACCAGUUCCGUCGAUGGAUCACCAAUUGUGCCUUCAUCGCCCGCUGUGAGCCAGGCUGGCUCGGUUUUUGGAGAAGGCGCAAACGGAUGGCUGGAGGUUGGCCCAAAGCAAAAGGCUGCCAUCACAAGAUCCUCCGGCACAAGACUGGACUCACCAAUCACAAAGAUAUUCGGUGGCACCCUUCGCUCGGUGCUCCGUGUUCCCGGACUUAAGGAUUCCGUCACGAUGGAGCCAUACCAACCCCUCCAACUCGAUAUCCACCUCCCAUCCGUGCACAACAUCAUUGACGCCUUGAAGGGUCUAACGAAGCCAGAGACCAUCACCGGCGACUUCAAGUCCCCCCGCGGAUCCAACGUCACGGCCACAAAGCAAGUCUCGAUCGAAACGCUCCCGCCAAUGCUCAUCCUGCACCUCAAGCGCUUCCAAUACGACAACAGCGGCGGCACGCAGAAGAUCUGGAAGAAGGUUGGCUACCCCCUCGAGCUCGAGAUUCCCAAGGAGGUCUUCGCGCGACAGAAGCAAGGUGGUAUCCUCAACCACGGCGGCCUGCCUCGUUACCGUCUGACGGCCGUUGUGUACCACCACGGCAAGAACGCGAGCGGAGGCCACUACACGGUUGAUGUGAGGCGCCAGGACGGGCGCGAGUGGGUGCGUCUCGAUGAUACGGUGAUCCGUCGCGUUAAGUCUGAGGAUGUGGCUGAGGGUGGUAGCGAGGAGGACCCCAAGGUCCUGGCUGCGGCGCUGGAGGCGCACAACAGGGAUACGAUCCCCAUGGCGAACAUCUUCGCGGGGAUGAAGAUGGAUGAUGAGGACGAGGAGGCGAGCGAGUGGAAGCAGGUUAAUGGGGAGAAGGUGAAUGGAGCGGGGAAGAAGUGGGCGAGUGUUGCGAAUGGGGUUGCGGCGCCGGCGGGGAAGAAAACCGCGGCGGAGAAGUUUGGGAUUAAGGAUAAUAAGGUGGCGUAUCUGUUGUUUUACCAGAAAAUCGAAUGAGAGAGUGCGAUUUAGGUGAGCGAGCGGAGUGGCUUAGGAACGGAUGCGGGUGCGAGAGGGAGAGGAUGCGACCAGGAGAGAUGCGACUAGGAGAGAUGCGACCAGGAGAGAUGCGACCAGGAGAGAUGCGACCAGGAGAGAUGCGACCAGGAGGGAUGCGACCAGGAGGGAUGCGACCAGGAGACA